AUGGAUACAUUCCAAAAAUGUCACACAAACUAUACCCCUCUCACUCCUCUGACAUUCUUGCCAAGAGCUGCGUCAGUUUAUCGUGAUCGUAUCUCUGUCAUCUAUGGUCAUAUCCAUUUCACUUGGGGACAAACUUAUGAACGAUGCCUCCGCCUAGCUUGCUCUCUCCGCACACUAAAUAUUGGCAAGAAUGAUGUGGUAUCUGUGCUAGCACCUAACAUUCCAGCUCUUUAUGAGAUGCAUUUUGGUGUACCCAUGGCUGGAGCUGUAUUGAAUGCAAUAAAUACAAGGCUUGAUGCCAAUAAUAUUGCAACGAUUCUCAAGCACUCAGAAGCCAAAGUAUUUUUUGUCGAUUAUCAGUAUGCUCCGGUGGCAAGUGAAGCUAUGAGACUACUUUGUGACUCACGUGGAAGAAAAGUUUCUCAAUCGUCGAUACCACUAGUAAUCGUGAUCGAUGAUGUUGAUUCACCAAAAGGAAUACGAUUAGGUGAGCUUGAAUAUGAAAAUUUGUUAUCAAAUGGAAACCCUAAUUAUGUACCAUUUAGUGAUCAAAUACUGGAUGAAUGGGAUCCGAUUACACUGAAUUAUACAUCUGGAACCACAUCCGCACCAAAAGGAGUCGUGUAUAGUCAUCGAGGUUCUUACCUGAGUACCAAAAGUCUAAUUUUACAAUGGGAGAUGAAAAGUGAGCCAGUUUAUCUUUGGUCGCUUCCUAUGUUUCAUUGUAACGGCUGGACCUUCACUUGGGGAGUUGCAGCACGAGGAGGAACUAAUGUUUGCAUUCGUAAUGCCUGCGCUGAGGAAAUGUGCCAUGCCAUCACAGAACAUAAAGUUACACAUAUGUGCGGUGCCCCAAUUAUAUUCAGUAUUCUUUUAGAGGGAAACUCUAAUUCUCUAAUCCUAAACCAUCCUGUUGAAGUUCUUAUAGGGGGUGCACCACCACCACCAUCCAUACUAGAGAAGAUUGAAAAAUUAGGGUUUCAUGUAACACAUGCUUAUGGUCUAACCGAAGCAACAGGACCAGCAUUAAUUUGUGAAUGGCAAACAAAAUGGAACCUAUUACCAAUUAAUGAGCAGUCAAAAUUGAAAGCAAGACAGGGUAUUAGUGUUCUUUCUCUUGCAGAGAUUGAUGUGAAAGAUUUGGAAACAAUGGUGAGUGUACCAAGAGAUGGAAAAUCGGUGGGAGAAAUCGUUAUACGGGGAAGUAGUAUUAUGAAAGGUUAUUUAAAAGAUGAAGAAGCAACACGGAAGGCUUUCAAAAAUGGCUGGUUUCUCACCGGUGAUAUUGGUGUUAUACAUCCAGAUGGGUAUUUCGAAAUUAAAGAUAGGUCAAAAGAUGUUAUAAUCUCAGGGGGAGAAAAUAUUAGUAGUAUUGAAGUUGAGGCGGUAUUAUAUCGACACCCUAAUAUUUUAGAAGCUGCUGUUGUUGCCAUGGCUCAUCCGUUCUUCGGCGAAACUCCUUGUGCUUUUAUUACAACGAGAUUAAAAUCUGUUACCAAGAAAGAAGAAACUAAGAAAGAAAGAGAGAUUAUUGAAUUUUGCAGAAAAUCUCUUCCUCAUUUUAUGGUUCCUAAAAAGAUUGUGUUCUUGAAAGAACUUCCCAAGAACGCGACAGGGAAAAUUCAGAAAUUUGAAUUGCGGGCUUUGGCAAAAACUUACACAGUCAACGAGGAACAGAAACAUACCAAGUACCAAUCAAAGAACGUCCCAGUCCUCGGGGAUCCGAAGCCGAUAUUUUUCACCACAAUGCAAACGCAGUUCACAAUCCAACAACAGUUAGGUGAAUACAUGAUAAUUCAUCCAACAACAGUUCGAUAA